AAACAAUAUACGAAUAGUAUGUAGUUCACUUCAGCUAUUGUUGUUGGCGUAAGAAGUAGGAAAAUAAAUUACGUGUCACGUAAUUUUCAAGUUAUUUAAAGUUUUAUCGCAACGAGAUUGUGUUUUUAUUCCUUGUUGUAUGUUCUACACAUUUAUUUAGUUUACCUAGUUAAAUGUCGUAUUUAGUGUACAGUUUAUGUUCAUAUACACCUAAGUUAGAAGCGUGAGCUGCUUCAAUUGUUCAUUAAAAACGAUAUAAUAUAGUAACAAAAAGUUUUAUUUUGAGUUAUAAAGGCGGGAUUGGAUAUAAUACGAGGAACUAUAAAAAAAAAACGGAAGGAGUGAGGUGAACAAGGAGAAAAAAAGAAAAUUACGGAAAAUGAAAAUUGAAUUAAUUGUAUUUAUCGUUAUCAACGUUUUAUCUAACGAUGCAAGUAGCAGUACCGAAAUGGCAAACAUAAAGGAAACAUUUAGACAGUUUAUCAGCAAAACGAGAGUUCAGGUGUCGGAGAGUGUUAGUCAAAUUAAUGAAGUACUACACAACCACAACAAUGAAGCAGCUAAAUAUUUAAUUCACGCUCGAGAUAGUGCGAAUGGCAUUAAAAUGAAUGUUGUGAGUGAAUUAAACGAAGAAAUUGAUAGCACAAUAUCUACCGAGAAUAAUGACGAUGAAGAAAUUCAGGAGAUGGCAGAGCAACCUUUCAUUAGUCUCGAACAACUAGCAUCUGUGGCAACAAAGGAAUGCGUAAUUAAACAUUGGAAUGAUUAUAUUCAAGAUGUUAUAAAAGCAUUUAAGGAUGCUAUAAUUUAUGUUCCGAGAUGCUAUGAAAAGCAUAAUGUUCUGGAAAAUGCAAUUGCAAUUCACAAAAAGAUCGAAGACGGUAUUCCAAUAUCUGAUGAAUUGCUGCUCUUUAAACUUUCAAUAAUAUCUGCUCAGUCAGAGAUUAAAGAUCAAUUGAGGCGUGCACUCGAGAGUGCUGAAAUCGAGCACUUGUUCACCGUUCAAGUCGAAGAUUGCUGAUAAUAAUUUAUAAGAAAAGUUUUUAAUUGCCGCUCUAUGGUCUGAAUUUUUUUUUUCCUUCCUAUAAUUAAUUUAUGUCUUCUAGGCAGUUAAAUUUUCUUUUGCACUGCUCACUUUAAAGAGCAUUAAACCAUUUCAAUAAAAAAAAAAUUUAAAUACCAUUG